AUGAUUGUGAAGCAUAUUUUAAGUUUCUCACUAAUCCUAUUAAUUUCGACUGUUUAUAAGUCAGUCACAGUUAACAUUAAUGAAGAUCUCAUGAUUCGUUCUGCAAAACCGAUUAAAAACAAAACAUGGGAGAAUUGGAAUGGAGAAAUUUAUAUUUCACCGAGUUCCAUUUUUGAACCGUCUACGCUUGAAGACCUUAUUGAUAUUGUAAAAUUAGCAAAGACAAAGAAUAAAACUAUUCGAUGUGCUGCCCAAGGGCAUACCGUAAGUUCUCUGUCUGUCACAAAGAAUUACCUAGUGGUAGUUACAAAUUUAAAAAAGAUUACAAUACAAAAACAUCCAAAAUAUGGCUGGACUGUCACUGCAGAAGCAGGUACACCAUUAUCUGAUCUCGAUAAAACACUCCGAAAUCAUGAUCCGCCAUUGACUCUUGAUUCUGAAGCUUUCAUUGACAUAUUUCGAGUAUCUGGUGUUGUUGCAGUAGGAGCACAUGGUUCAAAGACCAGUUCAGGCAUUAUGUCAGAUCAACUUUGCUCUAUGAAAAUUGUCACAGGGUCUGGCGAAGUAUAUGAAUUUAGUAAAGAAAUAAGCCAAUCUGAAUUCAAUGCAGCAAAAGUCAAUUUAGGUUUACUUGGUAUGAUCUAUUCAUUGACUUUUCGCGCACAACUGAUGUACAAUCUUCGCGUGACUGACGCAUAUGCACCAAUAACCGAAUGGUUUAAUCCACAGACUAUUAAAAACCUUUUAGACUCAUCAGAUGCUAUUAAACUGCAUUAUUAUCCAUUUAAUGGAUUCAAUCAGAGUGACCCGAAUCCACUUGACCCUAAUAAAGACCUAGUUUUGGUUGAGAAUUUUGUACGAACUGAUGAAUCUGUGAGCUUCACACAACAACAGAUCGAAAAAUUGCGUGAAACUCAAAUACAGGAUAAUAUUAACCAGAAGAAGCUCUUUAAAAGUCUCUUGCAAAACCCUGAGGCAACACCGAACGUUUCUUCCACAAUAUGGAAAAGUAUUACUAGUAAUGGUAAUACUAGUUUUGUAUUUCAAGCACCUGAUGCAUUUCAUUUAAUAGCUGGUUAUGAAAUCGUCAAGACUCAUUUGACAGAAAUUAGAUUCAAAGUUGAUCCGGAUUUUUCCAAUGUCGCUACCGAAUUUUCUCAUGUAAUUCAAACACUAUAUGAAUUUGCAAGAAAAGGAAAAUUUCCACUAAAUCGUAUUUUAGUUAUUAGAAUAAUAAAAUCCACUAAAGCAUUACUAUCUAAUACCUUUGAUAAUGAUCCAAAAACCUUGUAUUGUUCUAUGGAUUUUGAGUCAGUUAUCGGUACACCAGGAUGGAAAGAAUUUAUGCAAUUAAUAGCUCAGAGAUAUUUUGAUAAAUACAAAGCAAAACCUCAUUGGGGAAAACAAUGGGAAUUUAUUCCAAAUGUGAGAUCUUAUCUUUCCGAUGUUUUAUCAGAUCAAAUUAAACAAUUUGAGAAAGUACGAGCAAAGUAUGACCCUGAUAAAAUUUUCUUUGAUAAUAAGUCUUUACAGGAUAUCUUUAGUUGUGCUUUAUAUUCAUCGAAUUGUAAAUGCUCUAGGAAGAAUAAAAAUUAA